UUGGGAGAUUUGUCUUAAUACCAAAUGGUCAGCACCUCAGCAGAAUAUUUUGCAGGGGAAAACACCAAAUGUGGUAGAAAUGGUGUGCUUGCUCAGAAUCCUGUUUGGUAAGGAGGGAGACAUACAAGAGGAAGAAUGGCUGCAGGAUUGCUGACAACGUGGUCGCAGGAUUCAGUGACCUUUGAGGAGGUGGCGGUGGACUUCUCCCAGGAGGAGUGGGCACUGCUGGACCCUGCUCAGAAAAUCCUGUACAGAGAUGUGAUGCUGGAGAACUACAGGAACCUGGCCUCCGUGGGGUAUCCUCUCUGCAAACACAGUCUGAUCAUGGAGGUGGAGCAGGAAGUGCUGGGGACUGAGGAGGGGGCAGUUCUCCAAGGUGCCUGUACAGAUUGGGAUAUUCAACUGAAAUCAAAAGAUGGAAUUCUUAUGCAGCAUGUUCCUGGGGAAAAAACUUGCAAUGGCAUAAAAACGGCACCAACUCAACCUGGCAAGAAACCCUUGGAAUUUGAUCAUUGUGGAAAAUUCUUCAGAAAGAACUAUCACUUUAUACAUACAAGAUAUUGGGAGGGAGAGAAAUGCUACAAAUAUAAAGAAUAUGGGAAACACCUUGGCCACACCUCAGCUCUUAGCAGUCAUGUAAGUACUCACAGUGGAGAGAAAACUCGUGAGUUUAAUGAUUGUGGCAAAACUUUCAAUCAAGAGGCAUCCCUUAGGAAACACUUAAGGACUCUCAAAGGAGAGAAAUCUCAUGCGUGUAAUCAAUGUCUUAUGUCCUUCAGCUUACACCCUUCCUUUUCAGUACGUGUGCAAGUACCUACUGGAAAGGAACUCUGUGAACGCUGUGAUCAUGGAGAAAGAGCCUCCCUUGGUGUCCACAAAACAACAUGUACCACGGAGGAAAGCUCAGAAUGUAAGGAGCACGGGAAAGCGUUCGCCAGCUCCGCGUCCCUUCACAAAUGUGGGAGGCCUCAUGCUGGAGAGAAGCCUUAUGAAUGUAGUGACUGUGGGAAAGCCUUCAUUUUUCAGUCUUCCCUUAAGAAGCACGUGAGAUCUCACACUGGAGAGAAACCUUAUGAGUGUAAUCACUGUGGAAAAUCCUUCAGCCAGAGCUCUCAUCUUAAUGUGCACAAAAGGACUCACACUGGAGAGAAACCCUAUGACUGUAAGGAAUGUGGCAAGGCUUUCACUGUUCCUUCAUCCCUUCAGAAGCAUAUGAGAACCCACACUGGAGAGAAGCCCUAUGAAUGCAGUGACUGUGGGAAAGCCUUCAUCGAUCAGUCAUCCCUUAAGAAACACACACGGUCUCACACUGGAGAGAAACCUUACGAGUGUAGUCAGUGUGGAAAAUCCUUCAGCACAGGCUCUUACCUCAUUGUGCACAAGAGAACUCAUACUGGAGAGAAAACCUAUGAGUGUAAAGAAUGUGGGAAGGCCUUUAGGAAUUCCUCCUGCCUAAGGGUACACGUGAGAACUCACACGGGAGAGAAGCCCUAUCAAUGCGUUCAGUGUGGAAAGGCAUUCAGCACCAGCACUAACCUUAUAAUGCACAAGCGAAUACAUACUGGGCAGAAAGUAUGAGUGAAAUGACUAUAAGAAAGCCUUUAUUGGGCCUUUACACCUCAUUCCUCAUUUUAGAAUUCACACUGGAGAGCAGCCCUGUUGUGACCCAUGUAGAAAGCCCAGGCACGAUUCUUGACUUACGCUAUAAUGGGACCAAUCUUAUCGAAUGUUAUCCUUCCGUGAUUGUCUUUAUCAGUGAGUGUCUCAUCCUGAAAGUGUGACAGCAUGUUAACUGAUGAGUAUUAAAGGUUAUAUGGCACUCUAAAUUCCCCUUAACCUACAUCACAAAAAUUUUGAUAAAUAAUGUUUUCAUCAUAAUUUAGUACUAAAUGUCCAAUUCUCAUCAAGAUGUCUUGGACCUAUAUGUUAUUUAGAAAUGUAUUUUAUAAUGUGCAGACUCUGCAUAUUUUAGUUAUUUUUUAUAGAUUUCUAAUUUAAUUGGAUUAUACACAAAUGCGUGGUCUUCAUGAUACAGAUUCUGUAUGACAUUAUUCAAACAGAAAAUUGUUGGAGACUUGCCAUGUGGCCCAAUGUGUCAGAUACAACAAGUAUUCCCGGAUCCAUUCCUCCCUCCCUUUCCUAAAGUAACAGAACUACAGUUGUAUUCAAGUUGGCAGUGUGGACAGUUUUUUAAGGAACUCUCUCAACUUUCUUGGCCACCAUGAGUUCCCAUGAGCCCUUGGUUCUGGCCAGUGAGACAUAGGCAGAGGUCAUGGCUUAUGGGUUCUAAAAAAGCCCAUGGCAAUGGGAGUAUCUCAGCUGGCAUCUUCACCAUUUGCCCUGUGUUUCGUCUCUUUUUCUUUCCUAGAAAAUAGACCAAGAGGAUGAUAGUCAGAGGCUACUGAUUAUACAACAGGGACAUAUAGUAUUAUUUGGUUGUACCAACCUUGGGUUGGUUAUUUCUGGGCUUCAUCUAACCCAAGAAAAAUAAACUCCUAACUGAUGUAAACCAUCUGGAGGGAAGCUUCUGUUACAAGGGAUUUCAGUUAGCUGAUAACAUCUCAUAUGUGGUCAAGUUUUAUGACUCCCUUUAAGUGUGGUUGAAAACAAUGCCUAUUCUGUAAUUGUAUAAUCAGUGUGCCUGACAGAUGAAUCUUUUGUGUUUUUAAAAUUUGUAUCACUACAGACCUUCUCUCCUCAUUUGCCCUCUAUUGAGAGAGGUAUGUUAAAUGUGUCACUAUCACUGUGGUAGUCAGAUUGUUUUUUUAAGUUCUGUCUCACUUUGAGGCACUAUAGCCAGAUGCAUACAAAUGUCAUUUUAUAUUUCUUUUUUUAAAGAUUUUAUUUUAUUUAUUUAUUAGAGAGAGCAUGA